AUGCCUAUACAGUUAACAGAAGAUGAUUCGGACUCACCUAAUAGAAAGCAUCCGCUUACGAGACUAGUUAACAGCGUGCGAUGUUACAAUAUCCCACUAUUAAAUUUCCUAAUCAUUUUAAUCUUGGGUACAUUUUUAUAUAAAUUGACAACAAAGUAUACAAAUUUGUACAUGAAAUCAUCAUUGGUAACUAUCAUUGUGACAAAUUUGGUGCUUUACGGAAUUUCCGAGAGUUUAGCGCAGCUGAUUUUGAGCUAUCGACCGGGGCAACCAAUGAUCUCGUUUCGAUUCAACGACCCUACGCAACCAAUUGCACUUGACGUUGAAGAAAACACCGGCAUGGAGCAGGAAGAUGCUGGAACCGAUGAUGAUGAUGAUGUUAGUGUUGAUGAUCAAGGUUUGGACCGUUUCAUUGACUAUCUACGAAGAGAUCACGAAGGCGAUCAAGAGCAAGAUCGUUUCAACAAUGAUCUAAUAACGUUCGUUCCGAUGACGUAUUUCCAAUUCAACCGCUUGGCUGGGUUCAUGUGCUGGGGGUUCAUUAUGGGAUUUGUUCAGUGCUGGUGGUACAAGUUCCUCCAAAUAUAUUCCAAAGAUCCUAAAUUCAUUGAAGUUUUGAGAAAGGUUAUGACUGAUCAAUUUUGCUUCUCACCAAUUUCACUAUUUUGCUUCUUUACUUAUGGUACAAUGGUAUUAGAGAACGGGACUUGGGAAGAUACUAAAAAGAAGUUGAGCGCCAUUUAUUUAAAAACUUUAAUGAUCAACUACUCAGUUUGGUUUCCUAUACAAUUUAUCAAUUUUUUGAUUGUACCACGGGAUUUCCAAGUUCCAUUCAGCUCGUCAAUUAGUGUUUUAUGGAACUGUUUCUUGUCAAUGAGGAACUCAGCAAGUUAA